AUGUCUUCUAAGAAUCCACCUAACCAUCAUGGAACGGUCAUGAGAGUUGAAGAACGCACUGUCACAACUUGGACUCGAAUUUUACGCAGACAAAGAAGUCCAAAAGACUAUCACACUGGCAAUCUUCAAUACCCGAGUUUUGCCUCAAAAGCCCCCAAUAAUGAGGCUCUCUGCAAACCAGACUUUAGCUCUCAACAAGAUGAUGAGCUGAGUCUUUACUUGAAACAAUUGCAAUCGUUGCUCAAAGAUGAAAAGUCGACCUAA